AUGCGUCAGGAGCGUCUCAACGACGCCGCGAUAGCCCUCCACACGGCCCUGUCCAGCGCGGGCGUCAAAUACGGCCAUUUCGGCGGCUACGCCUGCACCCUGCUCGGCAGCCGACGCGAGACGAGCGACAUCGACUGCCUGGUGUCCGCGACCAAGCCCGAGAUCCUCGCUCUGGUGGACGGCGUCAGCAACUUCACCGUGAUCCCCCGCAACCGCGAGGACUACGUCGCUCUGGUCUGGAGUGACAGCGCCAACCAGGGCGAACCGGUGCUGAUCGAGAUCUUCUGCGAGCGCUUCCGAGGCUCGCACUACACCAUGUGCCACUGCUACCCACGCCUCACCCUCGUGCGCGGCGAACGCAUGGGCGUGGGCCUGGUGCAGCACCUGCCGGCCUUCGCCAUCUUCAAGGGCAAGCUGCGCGCGGCCGCCACCCGCAGCGAGCCCCACGACGUCUUCGACCUGUGGUGGCUGGCCGGCCGCUUCCAGACGGUCUACAACCACGCCCGCCUCCUCAACCUCGACUACGUCGGCUUCGCCAUCAAGCGCUACCCGGGGCUGGAGCUGCUGUUCUUCCUGCUGGGGCUGGACGUCGUCGCCGCCGCCGCGCGCGUGCAGGACGUCGAGCUCAACCAGCUUCCGCUGUCGGGACCGGGGGAUAUCCAGCGUGGACUGUUGCUUUGA